ACCUCAUGAAUAUUCAACGUCAGGUCCUUGAUAACGAGAAUCUGUUCGCCAUCCAGCAGUAAACAUGGCCUCAUUCGACACGGACAAACUAAAGAAUGACCUGGAGACGCGGGGGUAUUCUGUGGUGGCGGGGGUAGUUCCCACUGAAGAGUGUGACGAAUGCAUCAAGGAAUUCCGAGUCUGGUUUGAUAAGUUUGGCAAGGAAGCCACGAUACGAAGGUCCUUGAUACAUCAGUAUAAACUGUCCCACAGCAGCGCCGCCUGGCGACUCCGACUCCGCGCCAAGCCGGUAUUCGAAGCCAUUUGGGGAACAGAGAAGCUUCUAUCCAGCACCGAUGGAAUCGCGAUUGGAGAACCACCGGAACAAGGCCGUACCCAAUUCUCCAAAUCUGAUGACUGCUGGUUUCACAUUGACCAGGGAAGUUGGAGAUUUGGUCUUCACGUGUAUCAAGGGGCAGUAUAUAUGGAGGAAACUACAACCGAUGACCACUGCUUCAGGGUCCUGGAAGGCUCCCCUCAAUUCCAACGUGAACUUCUAGAGACAUUUCCCGAGGCCAAGAAAGAAAUGGGAGGUAAAGACUUUUACAUAUUGAAGGAAGAACAUAAAAAAUUCUAUCUUAGCAAAGGAUGCAAAGAAAAGAAGGUUCCGGUUCCAAAAGGGGGGAUGGUUCUGUGGGACUCGAGAACCGUUCAUGAUAACGUUGCUCCGGUGGAAGGGCGACCGCACGGCGAUAGGUGGCGUUACGUGUCAUUCGUGUGUAUGGCUCCUGCGAUUUGGACGACAGAGGAGGAUUUAGAAAUUAAGAAACAGGCGUAUAAGGAAAUGCGGUGUUCCGCUCACUGGCCCUCUCAGGGGGUCUGGCUCUUCCCUAGUACACAGCAAUGUGAACUGACGGAAAACCAUAACAUGGAAAUGAUUGAGAAACAGCCAGAGGUUGCCAAGACGAGAGAAGUGAAACUACUGGCCGGGAUCGAGAGGUACGACUUCAAUGACGGGCGUCCGAACGGACCGGAAUGGGAACCAAAGUGGACCAAGGAUAGAAGCGCACACAGUACUGAACGAGAUGCUGCGAUAGUGUGAAAUAAAUAUGUCAUUUUACAUUACCUUGCAUAAUCAGAUACGUGUAUAUGAAUAUAUUUUGAAUAUUUAAAAAACCACCGGUGUCAUUUGAA